CGGUGGAUCUCCAAUAAUUUAAAGCAUUGCUGAAGCAGCAAUUGAGAAAGUCGCUUUGUAUGAUUGUCGGCUGUAUAGCUUGUUACCUCAUCUUCUUGAUAAGUAUCAUUCAACACGAAUUUUUCAACAGAGGACCAACAGGUCACGGUGAGGAAGAUAUAGUUGUGUACUGGUCGUAGGAAAAUAUAAGCCAUUAGAACUGUGUCCUAGCUUGUUCCGUAGCGAGUUCGUAGGCGUCGUGAUAGAAGAAGUUCUGCAGCUUUUGUUCUGAAUAGAGAGAGACGACACGGAAAAAGAUGGGUUUCUCACUCGCGCAUAUGAUUGAGGCGGGUCUGCUAGUCUGCAAUGGGUUGGCGAUACUAAACGAGAAGAGGUUUCUGCGGAAAUGGGGUCUCGACCAAGCAGUAGUCGGCGCAGGAGCAGGCUCACUGUCGAAUCAGGUAGCGACGUUUCUCCACGCGAUGAGAACAUUCAUGAAGUACCCGAUUAUCCUGGCGAAUUUGCUGUUUAUUCUCUAUGAGUUUACGGUGGGAUAGCCAAAUUCUUGAUCAUGCUUACUCCACCAAGCUUCUCUUCUAAAGAUGAAGAUUCCCCUCAAUCGCAGCCCAUCCGCAGCCCUACUUCCCUUAAAAUAUCUCAGACCAGUUUCAAGAACACCUCGACUUACAUAUUACACACACCAGAAGCAUAAUUAACCCCAUCUCCUUAUAUCUACGAAAAUUACACAUACACUUCUACGAAUCCGC